UUUUGACCUGUGAUAAUGUUAUCUUAUUUUCCCGAAUUAAUUACUUUUCUUCUUGCAUUUAUGACUCAAAUGUCUAAAAAUGUGCGAUCUUACGAUAUGUGAAUAAUUCUAUAGUAUCGCGAUUCAGUAUUCUAUUAAAAAUCACUACUCUUCGUUAUGCUGUGAUACCAUCUCUGCACCAUGGACCAAAGUGAUUCCGCUCUGCUGGAGCCUCUUCUGUACAAUUCUCAAGAACGUAAUGUCACCGAAGUCGUUGAAAAAGUGAAUCCUAGAAAUGCGAAGAGGAUUGCGUUCAUUCUAGUCAUAGUUUUACUCCUGUAUCACUCUUAUAUUCACUUACGAUAUGGAAAAGACUCUUGUCGAUGGUUACUUUCAGAUGGACGAUACAAAGGUGACAUGGGAUGGCAACCUUACGGCUGCAUGAUGCACGUGUACACAGAAACUGACCGGAUGCGUUGUAUGAAGUAUUUAGCUUUCUUAGGCCAUGACAAUACGUUCGCAUUCAUCGGAGACUACAAGAUUAAAGACAAAUAUCGUGCCUUUGUGAAGCAUUUCAUUUCACCUCAAGAAAUAUCGUCAGUGGACAGAGAUAGGGUAGUGUACGAUCCAUUUUACAAACAGUCCAAUUUGACGUAUUCUGAUGCGAAGUUACGUUUUAAAGCUGAUUACAUUUGGGCUCCUUAUAUAUCUAAAUCCGUUGUGGAUUUAGUCAAUAAAUGGAAAGUAUCUGAGAAACCGCCUAGUAUUAUUGUGAUGGGAUGUGCGACAUGGUCGAUAAAAGCUUCAAAUGCAUCGAGAGAAGUAGUCAACGAUUUUAUUGCUAAUAUUACCCGACUUAUCGUUCCUUUUAAAGAAAUCUGCAAAAAAUCUCGUGUUUUAUGGGUUCUUCAAGGUCCUGUAAAUGAAGAAAAGCUCAACUCUACCAAUUCCAUGAUCACUAAUGCGAUCAUCGAUGAAUACAACACAGCUACUAUAACGGCUUUACGGUCCAGCUGUGUUGAACUAUGGUCAAGUUCAAGAUUAAUAGCCCAAGGUCAAAUAAACGAAAUGAUCGAAGGCAUUGAACUCAGUGCUGAAGCUUUGAACACAGACGUUCAGCUUUUACUCAAUAUGUAUUGCAAUGAUCAAAUGAACCACGAUGAUGGUACUUGCUGUGCGACAACUGAACCUUAUACUUAUAUUCAGCUAACUGCUUUCUUUAUUUUAUUCGUUUGCUUGGUCAUUGGAACGUUAUUGCAGUUCAGGCCAAUUUACAUUAACACUGUACAGUUUCCAAAUUUUCAAAUAAUUAUGACGUCGAUGGCGAAACUAGCUGUCAUUGUGGCUUAUUUUUAUCUAUGUGAUAGAACAAAUUUCUUUAUGAAAGAGAACAAGUAUUAUUCAGCAGUAAGCUUUUGGUUACCUUUGGGUUACAUUUUUACAUUAGGAUUAUUUUUCACCGAGGAGAGUCGAUUUACUAAAAUAAUGAAUCGAGAUCAAACCGAAGAAUGGAAAGGUUGGAUGCAAUUGGUGAUAUUAAUUUAUCAAAUGACCGGAGCCAAACACCAGCUUCCAAUUUAUAAUCAUAUUCUUCUCUUGGCAGCAGCCUACUUAUUUAUUAGUGGAUUCGGCCACUUUACGUAUUUAUGGUACAGAAACGAUGCUGGUUUAAUAAGAUGCCUUCAAGUAUUAUUUAGGAUUAAUUUUCUAACAGCAGUGCUGUGUUUUUGCAUGAACAGACCGUAUCAAUUUUAUUAUUUCGUACCUGUGGUGACAUUCUGGUUCUUGUUAUUCUACAUCGUGUUCGUUUUACCACCGAGAGUGACGGCGAGUUCGUCUGAAUCCAGACCUGUUCAAUAUGCUUAUGUUUUAAUGAAAAUUGUGUUCCUAUUUAUAUCGAUUAGUAUUUUAUAUAUGUCUCAGGUAUUUUUCGAGAAAAUUUUCGUCACUAGACCAUGGAAAGCGUUAUUUGUAUCGAUCGACGAUAAUAUUCAAGAUUGGUGGUUUAGAUGGAAAAUUGAUCGAUUCAGUGUUUUGUACGGAUCAACUUUCGCAUUCCUGCUGCUAUUGGCUCAAAGAUAUAAUAUUUUAGACGAUAACAAUCACAGUAAUUUAUUUUCUCCCAGGGUAUCGAUUUUUGUGGCUAUUUUAGCUCUUCUAGGAUUAAUUGCUACCUCCACCUACGCUAUAAUGUGUCCCAAUCGAUUCGAAUUUAUCGAUAUUCAGACGUAUAUAUCUAUUAUACCUAUUGUAUGUUAUAUUUUAUUGAGAAACGUUUCGGGUAUUUUACGAACGCGUUUCUCGCACGUGUUUACUUUCUUCGGCAGAAUCUCAUUAGAAUUAUUCGUAUCGCAUUUCCACAUCUGGUUGUCUGCGGAUUCGAACGGUGUUCUUGUGUUAAUACCUAGAUACCCGGUUGUCAAUGCUCUAGUCAUUUCGUAUAUUUUUGUGUGUAUUUCGUACGAGUUGAACGAUAUUACUCGUAAAUUACUUCCUUAUGCGGUGCCAUCGAACUGGCGAUUAGCUCUGAGGAAUUUAUUUAUAUUCUUAAUUUUACUUAUACCUGUGGGUAUUAGAGAUGGUAUGUUUUGAGUUUGGGAGCUCAGAGUGUUAUAUUUUUUGAAAGACUGACGGAUCACAUUCCUUUGACCUAAAAUGCGAUUAUUGAUCAAGAUAUUCAAGAAUGGUCCUUACGAUGAUUGAACGGAGCUUAACUAGACGGACCUCUUUUUUUUAAACACUAUUUUAUUUUUCUUAAUAAAUGGGUUACCUUGUUUAAAGCAUUUAUAUUGCAUCUGUAUAAGAGAAAACAAAUUUUUAAAAAUAAUAAAAGUAUAUUUCGUUUUUUAAAAA